AGUCAUUUUGGCUCAAGUCGUUUGUGCUUGCAGUGCUGUGCGUACGUCUCCGUUCCAAGGCGUCUUGCACUCCACGUCCCAUUUGCUACUCUCGUCCAUGCGGCCCCAUGAUUGGUGACUGCCGCACCAGAGGUGUGGCACGCCCUGCGCUUCUUUUAGCCAGGGCCGCUCUCACUCUCAUCCCUUUCUUGGUGGCUCAGCCUGGGCUUCCGUUAUUCGCAGUGCCGGCAACAUCUUCCAGCGGGGUGGCCGUUUCCGUUCGCACAGCAGGAGCGACCGGGCUGUUAGAAAUGGCGAGCGCGAGGGCUCUCCACGGAAAUCGUGGCAGGCGCCCCUGCAUGCGCGCGAUCGGGGUUUUCUUCUGCACCCGGACUGGCAACACGCAGGAGGUGGCCGAGCUGGUCGGUGAGAUGAUAGGCGUCGUGCCGGUCGAGUUGGGCGAUACGGCCGUCCUUGGGGACCUGAACACGUACGACGGUUUGAUCGUUGGGGCGCCGACGUGGAACACGGGGGCUCACGAGAAGCGGUCUGGUACCAGCCUGGAUGGCCACUUGGCUGAGAUUCGUGAUCUGCAGAUGGGUGGGAAGAUGGUGGCAGUGUUCGGCUGCGGAGACUCAUUCGAGUGGAGUUCCAAUUUCUGUGAUGCUAUCGAGGAGAUCCAUUCAGCAUUCAGCGCGGCGGGUGCCAAGAUGAUUGGAUAUGUGGACGCCUCAUCAUACCAGCACGCCGAGUCCAAGAGCGAGGUAGACGGCAAGUUCUUGGGGCUUCCGUUGGACCAGGAGAAUCAGAUCGAUUUGACCGAGGGUCGCGUGGAGGCUUGGAUCCGCCAGUUGAAGCAGGAGGGCAUGCCGCUAUGAUUCAAGGAGGCACGGGGAUCGUACAAACAAGUAUGUCUAUUCUGGAGGGUCGCCGAUGGCUCCACUGGCAGGUGUUGCACCAUUUCCUCAGUGAUCGAUGUCGACACCCGACCGCUUGUUCUGCUGCAUGAGCGCCUAAUUACGAGCGCACGCACAAAGAUACUUGCCAGAUUUGUCGUGCGCUGCAGCUGGCAGAAGCCUGCCUUUGCUGGCCGAGUCGUUCGAGAUUCCAGCACGCCUCCUCGCGAGGCCGAGGCCGUGUCGGCCCGGGCCCUUGGUGCAGCUGGGGUGCUCGUGCUGCGCGGGCGUCUGCUGCUUCGUCGCUUGAGGGCUUCUAGUGUGAGGUUUGGUGCUGAGCCUUUCUCAGGCCGUUUGAAGAGCUGGGCGAUGUGUCUCUCGUCAUUUGGCGGUGAGUCACUGCAGACGUAAGCUUCAGCGUGAACGCAUCUGUUUGCAAGUCAUCAGAACAGUGUGUCCACCAAGCACUGGGAUGUUCCCAGCUCUGUUCGGGAAA